AACGCAUGCAAUCUACAAUUCAUUUGAAUGUUUUUAUUCCUUCCUUCUAUGUUUUAUUUAUUAUUAAACUUCUGUUUACUUGUUUUGUUGAUGGUUAUGUAAUGUAUUGCCUUUGGAAGUUGGAAUAAUUAAUGAAUGGAUUUGAUAGUUAUAUAACCUAGAUUUAGACCUUGUGCAAUAGUAUGAACUGGAUAGUAAUAGGGAGAUUACUUCAGUCAAACCUCUAGUGUAGUCAGAUAUUGAAUUUUGAUCUUGAUGACUUCAUUUCGCUUAUUUAUCAAAGAAAAAAUUAAAACUAUGAAACAAGAUGUCUUAAAAUGCAAUUAUUCAAGCAACAAUUAUGCUGGAGGUUAUAAGGACGCUAUUGAAGCAUUGAAUUCAUUACAAACAAAUGCUCAAGUUCUUCAGAAGUUAAAACUUACAAAAAAUUAUAGUCAAGAAAACAAUGUUCAGUCUACUAUAAAGUACCUCUCUAGAUCUGGAAUUACCUUAGAUCAAUUAGAGAGAGAGUUAUCUGUAAUCCAUGUGUCAGGUACCAAAGGGAAAGGUUCAACUUGUGCCAUAUGCGAAUCAAUUCUUCAUUUCCAUGGUUAUAAAACUGGUUUCUUCUCUUCUCCUCAUUUGGUUGCUGUUAGAGAGAGAAUACGAAUCAACAAAACUCCCCUAACAGAAGCAGUUUUUGCACAAUAUUUUUGGAAAGUGUAUAACAAGUUACAAGUAGAGAAGGAACACGCAAAUGACAUGCCCUCAUAUUUCAAGUUUUUGACUGUUAUGGCACUCAACGUUUUUGCAGCAGAAAAAGUUGAUGUAGCAAUCAUUGAAGUCGGAAUCGGUGGAGAACUGGACUGCACAAAUAUAUUCAAAAAACCUGCUGUAGUGGGUAUCACCUCCCUUGGAUUAGACCACACGAGUCUGUUGGGGAAUACUAUUGAAGAAAUUGCUUGGCAGAAAGGUGGGAUCAUGAAGUUGGGAACACCAGCGUUCACGAGCCCUCAGUUAACGCCAGCUUUAGAAGUGUUAAACCAGCGUGCUGUAGAGAAAAAGUGUCCACUCUGGGAGGUGCCUCCUCUUAGUGAGUAUGACUGUGAUGGUCUCCAGUUGAGUAUUGGUCUCAAAGGCGAUGUACAAACAAUAAACACAUCACUGGCUCUGCAGUUAUCUCGGGCCUGGAUCAAUCGGCAACAACAAG